UGUGUGUGUGUGUUGCGGGGGUGCUUAGACAACAGGGUGUGUCGUCUCCUUCAGGUGCAUAGCUGUGCUAGUUGCCUCUAGCCUCUAACACUGUCCGUCUCGAGUGACACAUCUCGCAAGCUUGGACACAGAUCGUUCCGAGUGUUGCUUACAAGGACAUAGCCAGCUCACACAGACGAGUGACCAGUGCAUGACGACCGUGACUCUGCUGCAGCCUCCCAGAACCUCCUCAAGCCCUCUAGGAUCAUGUCGGGCAUCUACGAUGAGUCCGCCAGCCAGGAGGAUGGCACAGACAGCUUCUGGGAGGUGGGGAACUACAAGCGUGCUGUGAAGCGGAUUGAUGACGGCCACAGGCUCUGCAAUGACCUGAUGAACUGUAUACAAGAGCGUGCCAAAAUUGAGAAGGCCUACAGCCAGCAGCUGACCGACUGGUCCAAGAGAUGGAGACAGCUGGUGGAUAAAGGACCCCAGUACGGCAGUGUGGAGAGGGCCUGGGUGGCAGUGAUGACAGAGGCUGAGAAGGUAAGUGAGCUGCACCAGGAUGUGAAGAACAACCUGGUCAACAAUGACUUUGAGAAGGUGAAGAACUGGCAGAAGGACUCCUUCCACAAACAGAUGAUGGGAGGCUUCAAGGAAACCAAAGAGGCAGAGGAAGGCUUCAAGAAGGCCCAGAAACCGUGGGCCAAGAAGCUCAAGGAGCUUGAGACUGCCAAGAAGACGUACCACCUGGCUUGUAAGGAGGAGAAGGUGGCGUCGAUCAGAGAGGCCAACAGCAAGGCAGACGCCUCAGUCACGGCCGACCAGCAAAAGAAGCUCCUGGACAAGGUGGACAGGUGCAAGCAGGAUUCUCAGAAGGCUAAGGAGAAGUAUGAGAAGACUCUGGAUGAGCUGAGGAACUGUACGCCCCAGUACAUGGAGAACAUGGAGACAGUGUUUGACACGUGUCAGCAGUUUGAGGAGAAGAGACUGCGGUUCCUCAGGGAGGUGCUGUUGGACAUCAAACGACACCUCAACCUCACCGAGAACCAAAGCUAUGCCACAGUGUACAGGGACCUGGAGCACACCAUCGCCUCUGCCAGCGCACAGGAGGACCUGAAAUGGUUCAGCAACAACCACGGCCCUGGCAUGCAUAUGAACUGGCCCCAGUUUGAGGAGUACAACCCAGAGAUCACUCACAUGAUCAGCAAGCGAGAGAAGUCAAAGAAAGGAGCAGACGGUAUCAUGCUGACCAACGUGACAGCGGCACCGGACUAUGUGGCUGCAUCGGCUGGAGACAGGGGCAGUGUGAGCAGCUCUGAUAAGAACCAGGCCUACUCCUCCCAGGACCAGUCGGCAGAGUGGUCAGACGAUGAGCAGGCCGCGCCAAACUCCGGCUCAGACACCAAUGGGGGUGGGGCCAACCCCUUUGAGGAGGAGUCAGCGAAGGGUGUGCGGGUGAGGGCGCUGUAUGACUAUGACGGGCAGGAACAGGACGAACUCACCUUUAAAGCAGGAGACGAGCUGACUAAACUAGAAGACGAGGAUGAGCAGGGUUGGUGUAAAGGCCGGUUGGACAGUGGCCAGCUGGGCUUGUAUCCUGCUAAUUACGUGGAGCCCGUCUAGCUGCUUGUGUACGAGGAGGACACUGCCCCAUUGGUUAGUCACCCAGACUGAACCGUCUGAUCAUACUGCACAUUACCAGAGACUACAAAGCAAUGCUUCCCCAUCCCUCCUCUCUACCUGU